AGAUAAAAUCACUUCAGGUUUGUUUAGGUUAGGUCGUGACCAUGAUGCAAUUUUGUCGUGUCUGUUUGACGCGAGAUAUUUGACGAUUGUCACAUAGUUCUGAAGAAUUCCUUAAGGAUGUCAUUCUUCGAUUUCUUUCGAGGCUUUUUCGGUAUAAAUCGCCGUAACGAGCCUGGCACAAGCGGGCUUGGCGAUCGUGAUCCAUACAGAGAGGGUUUUCGAAAUCCAAUUUGGCAGAUCGACGAGGAUGACGAUGACAUAGAUGACUUCAGAUUUUCAAUGCCCGGCAUGGACCAUCACUUCCACAUAUUCAGUGAUCCACUGCAGAUAACACGUUACUUUGAACAUCAGAUGGACAACAUGUUAAAAGAUUUUGGUUUUGGAUUUAAUGGCUUCUUUUCUGAUACGAAUAAAUUCAUCGAGGCAGUACCACGUGAUGGACCCGAAAGCAAUUAUAAUUUGCGCGACAAUAUGCUAAAAGAACCCGACAUUGACGCCAUACAACCCAGACAGAAAGUAGAUACAGAUUUAGAUGGAAAGAUCAGUAAAGAAGAAGUUUUUAAAAUGUGGAAAGAGGACAAACAAGACACAGAAACGAAGAUAGCGACACCUUUCUCAUUCAAUUUUGCGAAUAGACAUAUUAGCAAGCAGAUCAAACGUAGACCCGAUGGAACUGUAGAACAAAGGCAAGUGUUUAGAGACAGCGAAGGUAACCAGCAAACAAUCGUUUCAAAAGAAAUGGAUGACAAAAAGUAUGUCGUUACCACGAAGAAGGAUAAGAAUGGGAUUGAAUCACGGUCCGUGGAUCUCUUUAAUAUGGAUGAAAGUGAACUGGAAGAUUUCAAGAAAAAAUGGGCAUUGAGAGACAAAUGAUGAAUCACGAAUGAUGGGAAUCUAAGACAUUUCCCGUGGGAAAAGUUUUUCGGUCCUAUCCUUAAAUUGUAGUAAGGAAGUAAAUGUAGUAGCGAGUGAAGUAGAAGGUGAUAGUUUCGUUUUUGGUAGCUAAGCAUCUCUCUCUCUCUCUCUCUUGUGUAAUCCUACAUUGAGUAUUCAAUAAAUAAAUCAAUUUAAUCAAAAGUAACGGUAUACUUCAACUUCUAACUGUAAAUUUCUUUAUUUAAUGGAUUAUAUAUCCUGUACAUAUUAUAUACAUACAUAUUUAAUAAAAUCUAUGAUUUAUGCAAAGAAAUAUUCUUUGUUUUCGAAUUUACACAACCGGGUCAUCUCACUUGGAAAAGUAAAGGUCAUCGAAAUGACAUUUAUCGAAUUAGCAAAGUGAUCUUUGUUAUCUGAUAAGAAUUUGAUCUGUUUUAACAUUAUACGGACUUUUCUCACGUGUUAGGUAUUAAUCCUACUAUUGUGUAUCGCGCAUGUACGUAUCUAUGAGCAUAUUUAAAACUGUACUUAUUUUCAAUUAUUCUUGAGAAAGAUGAUGACUCCUUCUUUCGAGAAAUAAAAUAUUCGAUGUUAAUUACAUUUGUUCUCGUGUAGGCAACAAUAAAUAUAAUUUGGCU